UGCUCGCGACCCCCAAAACCCUACCUCCUCCUCCGCCGCCUCAUCCACGCGCGCCCCUCAAAGCCUAAAUCCCCUCCUCCUCCACUCCGCCGCCGUCACCUCCGCGCCCCCUCAGAAGCCUGUCCCCUUCACCGUCCACGGGUGACGUGGCAGGACCCUACAGCUGGAUGUCGAACUCUCCGACCAAUCUCGAUGCGCCACAAUGGACAUCUACAUGGAGCAAGAGGAGAAGUACACCGAGGCCGUCAUGGCUCCGCUCGCCGCCGACCGGCUCCAGCGAAAGCUCCAGAUCGAGAUGCGACGAGGAUGGCGGGAGAUUCUUGCACGACGCCGGUGAGGUGGGGCCCGUGGCUGUAUUAUAGGAUGGAGGAGGGGAAGCAGUACCCUGUGCUUUGCCGGAGGUCGGCGAAGCUGAAUGAGGAGUUUGUUUCGUAUAGUGAGGUCGCCGGGUUUGAUUUUACGGGCGGGAAGAGGAUUGAGCAGAAGAUUGUGGAUUAUAAUGUGGAGGCAGAGAGGUUUGGAGGAUACUCCUAUGAAGAACUAUCUGAGAUAUCUCCGGACCAUCGUUUUCUUGCAUAUACUAUGUAUGAUAAAGAUAAAGACUGCUUCACACUAUCUGUAAGGGACUUAAGUACCGGUUCACUAUGUGACAAACCCCAUGCUGAUCGGGUUUCAAAUUUGUCAUGGGCAAUGAAUGGAAAGGCAUUGCUAUAUACAGUCACAAACAAGGAUAAGAGGCCAUUUCGGAUAUUUUGUAGCAUACUUGGAUCCAGUAAGGAUGAUGUGUUGAUUCUCGAAGAAUCCGAUGAGAAUGUGUAUCUUAACAUUAGAAAUACCAAGGAUUUUCAGUUUGUUACUGUAAAUAUCUUUUCAAAUACUUACUCGAAGGUGUACUUGAUAAACGCAGCUGAUCCCCUGUCUCCAAUGAAGGGAGGUGUACCUGCUAAUUCACACUAUCUCCUUCGAUGUUCUAUUGAAGAUUCCAAUUUGAGAACCUGGGAGAAUGUAGUUCUUGAGGAGCCUGGUAUUUCAAUUGAAGAUGUUGACUUCUGUGAUACGCAUAUGGUGCUAGUUCUGAGAGAAGGCAAAAGAUUUCAGAUUUGCUCAGUGCCUUUGCCCCUAGCAGGGUAUGGCAAGGGAGCUAAGCAUUUAACUGACUUUCAUCCAUGCUUUCUACCUCUUCCAAACCAUGUCUGUCAGAUUUCAUCUGGGCCCAAUUAUGACUACUACUCCUCAGUCAUGCGAUUUAUAAUAUCAUCACCUGUGAUGCCUGAUGCCGUUGUGGAUUACAAUUUAUCAACUGGCAAGUGGCUAAUAGUGCAGCAACAAAAUGUUCUGCAUGAACGAACAAGGACUUUAUAUGGAACUUCUUCAACUACUAUGAAAGACAAAUCCCCUUCUCCAAAGAGCUUUGAUGCCACACUAGAAGCUGAGAAUCCAUGUGGUAUCUGGAAUGAGCUCUCUGAGUUCUAUACAUGUGAUCAUUAUGAUGUCCCUUCGAAUGAUGAAAUCUUGGUCCCCUUGACUGUUGUGUAUUCACAGAAACACAAGCAAGAAGGUAAUCCAGGGCUACUUCAUGGCCAUGGUGCCUAUGGCGAGCUACUAGACAAACGCUGGCGAAGUGAAUUGAAAAGCCUCCUUGAUCGGGGUUGGGUAAUUGCAUACGCUGAUGUCAGAGGCGGUGGCGGCGGUGGUAAGAAGUGGCACCAAAAUGGCAUACGUAUGAAGAAGAAAAAUUCAAUUCAAGAUUAUAUUUCAUGUGCUGAUUUUCUAAUUGAGAAAGGGAUUGUUCAAGAAAAUAAGCUUGCUGGCUGGGGAUACAGUGCUGGGGGCCUUUUAGUUGCUUCUGCCAUUAACACUCGUCCAGACUUAUUUCAUGCUACAGUAUUGAAGGUUCCCUUUUUAGAUGCAUGCAACACUCUCCUCUACCCUAUUUUACCACUUCUACCAAGUGACUAUGAAGAGUUUGGAUAUCCUGUGGACCUUGAGGAAUUCAUGGCCAUUAGGAACUAUUCCCCUUAUGAUAACAUUCAGAAGGAUAUUGCAUACCCAGCUAUAUUGGUGACAUCAUCUCUUAAUACAAGGUUUGGCGUGUGGGAAGCCGCCAAGUGGGUUGCAAGAGUUCGUGAGCUCACGGUCUAUGAUCCUAGGCGUCCAGUUCUACUCAAUCUAACAACAGAUAUUGUGGAGGAUAAUAAGUAUCUCCAGACCAAGGAGUUGGCGAUGGAGACUGCUUUUCUUAUCAAAAUGAUGACUGAUACCUAGAUUUGUUGCAUCCGUGCAGCUGGAUGUUUCAAUGGGGUACACACAUCCUGUGAAUAUCAUGCUUCCCAAGUUUAUGAUAUUGGUAUGAGAUCAUGCUAAUUGCUGGACUGUAGAUUCGAUGGAGGUAUUUGAUUUAGAAGAAGCUGAGAUAUCUGUGAAGUUGUUUGUUUGGCGUGCAGCCGUAUUUGGAGGAAGCCAUUGACAAAGAGAAGGCAGAGUCUGCAACUUUCCGCUCACCAGCUUAUAUUACAUUUUUUUUAUUUGGAUAAAGGGAUAGUAAUACUGGGCUUAAUGUAAGCUUGUUGUAUAAUCAUGCUCUUCGUACAAUAAUUGAGGUAUCGUAUGCAAGAAUACAUAUCGUUGCAUAAGUGAUACCAUCUUCUAUGCAUUUGGUGCAAAGUUUGCGUUAUUAAUUUGUCGACGAUGUCAUCUUUUCACAUUAUUUCCGAAAUUAAGUGGGGAAGUGACUGUCUA